AUGGAAACCCUUUCUUCUUCUUUCAGACAUCCUCAAUUAUUGCAUGUAAUUCCACCGUCAAAUAUUAGGGUUAAUGUUAAAAUUAGAAGCCCUCAACUUAUGAUCAAAGCCAAAAACAUAAUCAAGAAGAACAUUAAUCCGCCGCCGCCACCGCCGCCGUUUAAGGUUUCGAAAAUCCUCAACAAAUUGGACGACUUCAUAUCAGCCUAUCUCGAAAAAUCGCCCCUCCCCAAAAGUAUCGAUCCGGAAAAAACUAUAUCGGGGCACUUUGCUCCGGUGGACGACGAGCUUCCCCCCACCCCUUGCGAGGUGGACGGCGGCCCCCUCCCGCCAUGCUUGGACGGGGCCUACAUCCGCAACGGCCCAAACCCUCAGUUCCUUCCAAAGGGACGCCCUUAUCAUUUAUUCGACGGCGACGGUAUGCUCCAAAUGAUCAGAAUCUCUGGGGGCGGCAAAUCGGUCACCUUCUGCAGCCGCUACGUAAAAACACACAAACAUAACGUGGAGCGCGAAAACGGUUUCCCGUUUGUUCCGAGCCCUUUCGCCUCCUUCAACGGCUUAGCGGCUUCUGUGACGCGCGCGUUGCUCACGUUCACGCGUGUGGUCGUUGCCGGCCAGUUCGACCCACUGAGCCGCGGUUUCGGCUCGGCUAACACGAGCCUGGCUCUAUUCCCAUGCCGUGGCUUAUUCGCUCUAUGCGAGUGCGAUCUUCCGUACGAAGUGAAAGUUAUGGAGGACGGAGAUAUAGUAACCCUUGGCCGCCGCGAUUUCCACAGCACCAACCGAUUCUUCUUUAAUAUGACGGCGCAUCCGAAGAUCGACCAACGAACCGGACAAGUAUUUGCUUAUCGAUACAACUUCACGCGCCCGUACUUAACGUUUUUCCGAAUCGACUCGGACGGAAGAAAACAACAGGACGUUCAUAUAAACUCCGUUAAAGAGUGCACGAUUAUUCACGACUUUGCCGUGACGGAAAACUACGCCGUAUUCCCCGAUACACAGAUUGUGGUGAACCACCCUUUGAGGGCUUUGAUCGGCGGGAGAUCCCCGGUGGCGGUGAAUUCCGGCAAGGCGCAGCGGCUUGGGGUUAUAAGAAAAUACGCGGAGGAUGACAGCGGGAUGUGGUGGGCGGAGGCGCCGGGGCUGAACAUGCUGCACUGUGUGAAUGCAUGGGAGGAAGACGGCGGCGCCACCAUUGUGGUGGUGGCUACCAACGCUUUGGAAGUUGACCAGUUGUUUCAGAGUAUUCAUUUAGCAAGGUUGACUAUGGAGAAGAUCACCAUUGAUGUGAAGGCGGAGACGGUGAAGAGGGAACAGCUGUCGCCGGAAGUUCUUGAUUUUGGAGUUAUCAAUCCGGCCUACGCCGGGAAGAAAAACAGAUACGCAUAUGCCGCAAUGAUAGGGUCGGACGCAAUAGUAGGGGUGGUGAAGCUAGACCUAACGCUAACGGAGAAUCACAGCUGCAGCGGUGGCGGUGAGUGUGUGGUGGCUAGCCGCUUAUAUGGGCCGGGCUUUUGUGGCGGUGAACCGUUUUUCGUGCCAAGAGAGCCCGAUAAUCCGUCGGCAGAGGAAGACGACGGUUAUUUAGUAGUUUAUGUAAAUGAUGAGAAUAUUGGAGAAUCCAAGUUCUUGGUGAUGAAUGCCAAAUCUGUCACACUUGAUUUAAUUGCUACCGUUAAGCUGCCAUGUCGAAUUCCUAGUGGCUUUCAUGGCCUCUUUGUUUCGGAUAGUGACCUCAAAAAUUUACUUCGAUGUUUAUAA